UUGUUUCGAGUGGAUCAGAAGAGAUUUUAUCAACAGAUUUAUCCAUUGGGAGUUGUGUGGAAAGUUUCGGAUGGAAAGAGCUAGUAAUUGGUAUGAGCAUAAGCCUGAAGGAGUGGUGGAGAAUGAUGUUGUGAAGAUACUGAGGGAUUUUAUGAUACAAUGUGAUAGGGUGGUAGAGCAUAGGAAGCCAGAUAUUGUUGUUGUGGAGAAGUCAGAGAAGAGUUGUUUUGUUAUAGAUGUUGCUGUACCGGGUGAUGCUAGAGUUGAGACCAAGGAGAAAGAAAAAGUGGAGAAGUACCAGGAGUUGAAGCAGGAAAUUAUAAGAUUGUGGGGAAUGAAGAAAGUGGAAGUGAUACCGAUACUUGUUGGAGCAUUGGGAGCGGUGUCAAUGAGGAUUAGUGAAUGGAUCAAGAGAGCAGAUGUGAAGUUAAAGAUCGAACACUUACAGAAAACAGCAUUAUUGGGGACUGCAAGAAUCUUAAGGAGACAUUUAAGCAUGUGAUUUAUAUCAUAGUCUAUUUGUUAUAGACCGAUAUUGUACAUAUACCAACU